AUGAAGACACCGUUGGACGAUUCGAGUGCGGCCCUCACUAUUUUCGCACUGCUGUUCCUCACUGAAGUGACCGUUAAAGGCGAAGAUGCACAGCCCGCCAUACAAAACCCGAGGCUUAAGUUCGUGAUCAACAGUCAAGGCUGUCCGGUGUGUCAAUGCAACGGUGAGAACCACCUCAUGGUUGAGAACUUCAUCUGCGUCUAUCCGCCAGUUUCUUCGAAUCUGCCACAAGCUUGCAAAUACACGUUUGAAUGUCCCAGCAAGCAGGAAUGCUUGGGGAUACGCUGCACAGAUUCAAAAAGGACUACACAUUUGGAAGGAAUGUUCUGUGGCUAUGACUUUCAGUGUCCCGAAGACUACGAGUGCCACAAUAUGGCAUGCGAUCUUGGAACUGCGAAACACACUAAUCAAGUGUGCUACAACUCGACAGAAUGCGGCUCUGAUCAAACCUGCAAGCAUUGGACUUGCUAUUACAAUUCGUCUGCGACGGUGAAAGGAAGCAUCAUAAUUGCGGUCAUUUUUCUGAUCGUUCGACAAUCAGUAUUCGAUUGA